AUGGAUUCUAGGCUUCAGAUUGGACCGGUGAUCCCGACACCGGACCCGACAGCCCGCGCACCCUGGAAUAUCAGCUCCAUCAACCCGCAUCGGCUCAUGGAACUGUCUCCGGUAGCUACAGCUGGUGCCAUAAUCCCGAGCCAUCCUUUUCCAACAGUGGAUGUCCCAGACCACGCUCACUACACCAUUGGAGUUGUCAUCCUUGCUGUGGGCAUCACAGGCUUGUUGGGAAACUUCCUAGUCAUAUAUGCUUUUAGCAGGAGUCGGAGUUUGCGGACACCAUCCAACAUCUUCAUUAUUAAUCUGGCAAUCACAGACUUCCUCAUGUGUCUCACCCAGACACCCAUCUUUUUCAUCACCAGCAUGCACAAACAGUGGAUCUUUGGAAAGAAAGGUUGUGAGCUGUAUGCCUUCUGUGGAGCAUUGUUUGGUAUCUGCAGUAUGAUGACACUGAUGGUGAUAGCAGUGGACCGAUAUGUGGUAAUCACCAGGCCUCUUGCUUCUCUUGGGGUGAUGUCUCAUAGGAAAGCCCUCAGCUUUGUGGCUGUUGCCUGGGUGUACUCCAUGGGUUGGAGCUUGCCGCCCCUCUUUGGCUGGAGUGCCUACGUCCCUGAGGGUCUGAUGACAUCUUGUUCUUGGGACUACAUGACGUUCACCCCUUCAGUUCGCUCCUACACCAUGCUGCUCUUUAUCUUUGUCUUCUUUAUUCCACUCUUUAUCAUCAUCUUCUGCUACUGCCGUAUCUUCAGAGCCAUUCGACACACAACACGAGCGAUAACAAAGAUCAACUGCGAGGGGACCAGAGACUCUGCAAAGAAAUUUCACAAACUGAAAAGUGAGUGGAAGAUGGCUAAAAUUGCGCUCAUCGUCAUUCUCCUUUUUGUCAUCUCCUGGGCCCCUUACUCCUGUGCGGCCCUCACUGCGUUUGCAGGGUACGCUGAUAUGCUGACUCCGUACAUGAACUCUGUCCCUGCUGUGAUCGCCAAAGCAUCCGCUAUCCACAACCCCAUCAUAUAUGCCAUAACGCAUCCUAAAUACAGGUCAGCAAUCAGCAGAUACGUGCCCUACCUCGGCGUGUUGCUGUGCGUCACCGGCAGAGACCGUUACAGCAGCAGCAGCCUUCAGUCCACACGUCGGUCAACGCUGACCAGCCAGUCAGAGUGCAAAGGUCCCAGCAGGCCCCGCAACUCCUCCCAGUCUGAGAGUGAAUCAGCCCGCUUCUCAGACACGGAGGAGGACUGCUCGUCUCGGACACCUGUAAGUCAUCACUUGUCUAUUGAUGUCAAACAGGUGCGCCAUUCCAGCCAGCGGUCAAAGGUGAGUGGUCACAGCAGAGGAGAAUUUGAGAGAACUGCUGCCCACAUCCCCACUGACCCAGCCAUAUGUCACCUUUCACAACUCACUACUCUGACAGAGCCUGAAGACAUCUGCAUGUCGGACAUCAGUCUGCAGCCAACCAGCCAUCUCCCUGCUGCUCUGGAUAACGUGAUGAGGGAGUCGGGGUCAAGGCCUGUGUGCAAGACCAUGCCAUCAGUCAUUGUCACGUCUAUAUCCAGCCCAUCUAUAUUGCAUAGUCCCCCUAGUUUCCAUGGCAACCUCAAAUUGGCCAAAACUUGCAGCCCGGUUAGUAAGGAGCUACUUGACAUAGUCAGGCUGGAGACAACAGCACUGCCAUGAACAGCUGCAGGAAAUCGAAGCUUUGUGAAUUUGUGCUUAUGUGUGCUUCAGUAUUUUUCUUCAUGGAACAUUUUGUACCAGCAUGCUGUUUUAUACUUAUGGCAAUUCAGAGCCAUAUCAUUUUUUUUUUUUCUCUCAUUUUUUAUGCAUGCAGCGAUCUAGUAUGUGAGCGUGAAUGCCCAGUGACUUUAACAAUAUGCGUGCGUAUGUGUUUGCACACUUGUGUUUGAUCUUUUCUGACAUAUCGUGGUAGCUGGAGAUGGUUUACCUCAGAGCAGGAAGCAACAAAUUAGCCUUAAAACACUGUCAAGGGUUACAGUUGGUCAUAUCAUAAAACAAAGUGGUCUGUCCUAUAUGGCACUGCAUUUUCUGAUAAGCUUAAAUUUUCUAAGUGAAUUCUUGCUGCUCAUAAACUGCUGUUAAAAGCUUGUCUUUAAUUGUUUUUCUUUUUUUUGUUUUUUUUUUUCAAGGGGUAAUAUCAAUAUAGGUUUCUGGGGUAAUAUGGCAAUGACUGAAAACAACUUUUUAAAUAGUUUUUCUGCAGCAUUUGACGCAUAUUUCAUAUGCAUGUUCUGGUUAAGCAUAUACAUCUAUGGACAGAUCCUCAGGAAGUCCAUACAUAAGAUUUAACAAAUGUGUUGAAAAUCAUAUUUUAUACUAAAGUCUGGGUUGUAAAGAUUUGGAAAUCUUUUUUAAUUCGUUAUAGUGCAUCAGA